GUCGGUAGUUAUUCACGGCCCGGUGUACUCCAAGGCCAGCAUGGGGUCCUCCGGCUCGUCGACCGGCUCGUCGGGGGAAGACACCGGCGCGGGCGGCGGCGCUUCCGGAGAUGCGAGCGCGGCGUCGAUCUUCGCGCCCGGCGAGGGGGGCGAGGGCGGCGCGACCGUGGCCGGCGACAGCGGCUCCGGCGGCGGCGAGCGGCGCCCGCGGGACGACGCCCGGGGCUUCUUCGCGGGCCGCGCGGACUUCUUCUUCGUCGUCGACGACGCGUAGUUCUUCUUCUCGCACUUGCUGACCGUGAUGAUGUGCACGACGUCGAGGCCCUCCUCCUCGACUUCCUCCGCGAAGACCUCGGACCGGCAGUGCACGAUGACGCGGACGCCGUAGGAGCGGGGGUUCGGAUCCGCGUCGCGCGCCGGGUCCACGAUGACGUAGGAGUUGGUUCUGUCUUCGAAGUAGUACUUCUCGAGCUCUUCGCUCUGGUGCGUCUUCGUGAGCUGGUUCCCGCCCUGUUGGGUGAUUACGGCGCGACCGCCGGGGUGGACGUAGCGCUCGUCGGCGGCGGGUGCCUUGUGCUGAGACCCCCGCACGACGACCAUGACCGUCACGCCCGGCGGCACAUUGCCGAGCUCCGCCCAGAGAGGAGAGUCCGCGAGGUACCGGUUCAGAAUCCCGGGUUUCCGGUGCUGCGUCGUCUGGCAGACGUGGACGCCGUGGAAGAUGUGCCCGUCGUUGUUGACCCGCUGCUUGAUGCCCUUCCAGUCACCGUGCUCCCCGAGUGUGAGGAGAGCCGAGGCGUACUCGAGCGGGUGCUUCUUCAGCGAAUCGUCGUUGACCAUCGGCCUGCGUGCGGACGCACCGGGUUGCGUCCACUUGCGUGGGCGGGCGGUCGCGAUUGCGGUGGCUACCAACGGCCGAGUGUAAACCACCCGCGCGGGGUCGGCGGUCAACCGGCGCCAGCGCGCGCGGCGUGCAAAGGACCGCCGCGAACACGGAGCGCGACGCAGCGGGCAGGGGACCGGCACCAGCACCGUCGUCGUCGCGCUGUUGCAAUCUGAAGGCGCUAUGGGUUCGCGCUGGAG